AUGACUCGUCUUCUCUCUGCUCUGAUUCUUGGCAUACUGCUGCAUGGGGCAACGCCGAAGAAGUACGGUGUUCCGCUGGAAAGAAGGCACAAUCCGCUGGUGAAUGAUGGUAACCAUAUGCAAUCGGGCUUCUACUUUUUUAUGCUUUACUGUUUCAGUCUCCGACAUUCAUAAAUACAUCCUAAGCAGAUACGGUAACAAUCCGAACACUCAGCCCUUCUUCACCUUCGGAAGCUUGAGCUACACCUGUAAGCAAUAAUUAUUCAAGGUUACGUUGAACUCUAGCUAACAUAACGAUUGGCACCCCGCCUCAAGAAUUCCGUGUUUUAUUGGAUACCGGCUCCUCCGACACUUGGGUCCCGGCCCAGGACUGUACAGUAGUUGGAGGGCCAGUUUGUGAAAAAACGUUUUUCGACCCCAACGCGUCCAGCACCUUUCAGAACAUAGGCUCAUAUUUCAAGAUACAAUAUGGAAAAGGUUUUAUCAAUGGCACCACUGCAAUCGACACUGUCGGCCUGGGCAGCGCGUCGGAUGAUAAGCUCGUCGUUCCUGGACAAACUAUUGGGCUUGCGCACCAGAUCGACCAAACGUUGGGAUCUCAGAGUGUUGAUGGAAUCGUUGGCCUCGCGUUCAGAUCAAUCUCUGAAGAAGGCGGGCAACCGGUUUUCCUGAAUGCCGUGGAUCAAGGGCUAGUGGACGAGCCGGUUUUCACAGUCUGGCUGACCAGAGAUACGACCGAAAAAAAUGUGAGUGAGACUUACAUGGCUAUCCAGAGUCGUGAAUCUACAGAGAGGGACCUGAUCCAUAGGCAAAAAAACGUAUAAUUUUGCAUCCGGGAGGUAUCAAAAAUGUGGCAAAAUACUCCCACUACAAUAAUUUCAAAAGCGCGCCCGCUCUUUUCGUGAGGGAAAAGCGCGCGCCCUUCAAAACGAAGUUUUUCCAUUUGGAGAGGGAGGUAUUUUGCCACAUUUUUUGAAGCUUCCUGGGUGCAAAAUACUUAUUUUGUCACUGGAUCAGGUCCACCACUAUAAGAUUACAAUACUGAUCUAGUGGCAAAAAAUGUGCCAUUUUGUAUCCGGGAAGGAUCAAAAAUGUGGCAAAAUACUUCCCUCUCCAAGUGAAAAAACUUCGUUUUGGGCCCUCUUCUUCACAGAAAGAGCGGGCGCGCUUUUGAAAUUGUAGUUUUUUCACUCGGAGAGGGAGGUAUUUUGCGGCAUUUUUGAUACUUCCCGGAUCCAAAAUGGUACGUUUUUUGCCAAUGGACCAGGUCCGCCACUGUAUAUAUGCUAUUAAUUUUGCACAUUGCAUGUCUAUAAAAUCUCUGCUCCUAUCAAACAUACUUUUCCAGGAAGGCGUAGACGGGCUCAUCACCUACGGCGGCCACGACGACGAGCAUUGCAGCACCGACAUUCAUUGGAUUCCAUUGGCACACAAGAGCUGGUGGAUCUUCGAGGGACAAGGGUUUUCGGUGAACGGCCAGGAAACCCAGUUCACCUACAAGGCCAUCACUGACACUGGAUCUGGGUUUAUUUAUGGCACUGCAGAUAUCAUCGCUCCAAUUGCCAACGCUUUAAAUGCGGUAUACGACGAGCAGAGUGGAGAAUACCUGCUUCCAUGCAAUUCCAACUUUACCGUCGGAUUCUCCAUAAACGGCAAGGAGUACGAUGUGGAGGCGAAGAAUAUGUUGGUGCCGCUCUCCGGAGAAACUUGCGCCCUGACUGUGCUUCCCUCUGAGGUCGGGGAAGUUCAACUCAUCCUUGGAGAUCCAUUCAUCCGCCAGUACUGCCAGGUCUACGACGUCCAAGAAGGCCGGGUCGGAUUCGCUUUGGCCAAGGAAUAA